CGAGAGAGAUUCAGCAUCCAGCGCAUCCGGCUCACCCUCUCAUACGCCUUGAUUUCACAAAUACUUGUGGUCCUCCAAGAGAAUGUGAUGCAUGCGGACUAGCUAUCGAAGGUGUCCCGUUAGGCUGCCCGGAAUGUGAUUUUGAUCUACACAUGAGGUGUGCAGAUUCCUUGUUGCGAAGUGUGACCCACUACUCUCCUGAACACAACACAUACUGUUUUAUAGAGCUAGUGGUGCUAGUAAAGAUGGUUGUUUCAUAUGCAAAGGAGAUGCUGUCAUCUCUCUUGAUUCCAUCUAUCGCUGUGUGGCAUGUCAUGCAGAGUGUCAUUUCGAGUGUGUUGAUGUACACGAGUCCAUUGUUAAGAAAUCUUGUCACGUUCAUCCUCUCUUCUGAAACGCCUUCCCCAUUAUACUUGAAAGAUCUCUAUUCUUGUGGUGGAAACGUCGCAAGGACAGCUCAUCAAGAAGAAUGUGAAACCGAAGGAACAUAUGAUGACAUAUUCGUGGUUAAUGAUAUGGUGCAUAAUCACGUGAUGGAUUAUAGGAGGUCACAUUCGGGGAGCAUUCAUCAUACCUUGGUUCAAGUUCUGGUCUCAAGGUCUUAUCCGGUGGCUUGCACUCUUUGUGACGACAGGCUUUAUGGAAACAUAGUCUCAUGCAUGGAUUGUGAGCAGAUUUAUCAUUCUCGGUGUAUUGAGCUUGCCAUGCUACAAGUAACGAGUCAUCCACUUCAUUAUGAUCACAUAUUGACGAUGAAACUGUUAACUAGCAGAGCCACAUGCGUCGCCUGCAAAAUGAGUAUUAUAGAGUAUGGUUACAUUUGUGGUAUUUGCUAUACAUGUUUCCAUCUUAGAUGCCUCCACGCCAUGGGUAUAUCAAGGAAGAUCGAGAAUCACAAGCAUUAUCUCUAUAAUUAUUGGAGCGAGUCCUUGGCUCAGCCCUGCACUGUUUGCAGUAGACCAUGUGGUUCAUCGUUUUAG